ACUCCUGCCUCCAUAUCUAUUCCUGCUCCUGAGACCUCUCCUGGUCCCGCCUCUCCUGGUCCUGCUCCUGCAUCCAAAUCAACUCCUACUCCUGACACCAAAUCUAAAUCUACUCCUGCCUCCAAAUCAACUCCUGCCACCAAAACUACUCCUCCUGUCUCCAAAUCAACGCCUGCUCCUGUCUCCAAAUCUAAAUCUACUCCUGCCUCCAAAUCUACUCCUGCUCCUGCCUCCAAAUCCAAAUCGACUCCUGCCUCAAAAUCUAAAUCGACUCCUGCCUCCAAAUCCAAAUCGACUCCUGCCUCAAAAUCUAAAUCGACUCCUGCCUCCAAAUCCAAAUCGACUCCUGCCACCAAAUCCAAAUCGACUCCUGCCUCAAAAUCUAAAUCGACUCCUGCCACCAAAUCCAAAUCGACUCCUGCCUCAAAAUCUAAAUCGACUCCUGCCACCAAAUCCAAAUCGACUCCUGCCACCAAAUCAAAAUCGACUCCUGCCACCAAAUCCAAAUCGACUCCUGCCUCAAAAUCUAAAUCGACUCCUGCCACCAAAUCUAAAUCGACUCCUGCCACCAAAUCCAAAUCGACUCCUGCCUCAAAAUCUAAAUCGACUCCUGCCACCAAAUCUAAAUCGACUCCUGCCUCAAAAUCUAAAUCGACUCCUGCCACCAAAUCCAAAUCGACUCCUGCCUCAAAAUCUAAAUCGACUCCUGCCACCAAAUCUAAAUCGACUCCUGCCACCAAAUCUAAAUCGACUCCUGCCUCCAAAUCAACUCCUGCUCCUGCCUCCAAAUCUAAUUCUGCUCCUCCUUGCAACUCUGCUCCUGCUCCUGCCACCAAAUCUACUCCCGCCCCUGGCCCCACCUCUGGUCCCGCCUCUCCUGCUCCGGCCUCCAAAUCUACUCCUGCCUCCAAAUCUAAAUCUACUCCUGCUGCCAAAUCUACUCCUACUCCUGCCGACAAAUCUACUUCUGCUCCUUCUCGCAGCUCUGGUCCUGCUCCUGCUCCCGCCUCCCAGUCUUCGUGUCUGUCUUGCCUUGUUACCCCCAUCGUUCAGUCUGUGCUCGUUUCCUUGCUGAACAACAACAACAGUGACCCGCAGGCGAAGGAGGAGGAAAAUGAGGAGGCGGGAGAGGAGGAUGAGGAUGCCGAGGAGAACGAGGUGGAGGAAGAGGAGGCGGAGGAGGAAGAGGAGGUUGAAGAGGAGGCUGACGAUGGCGACGAGAAUGAUGAGGAAGACGAGGGGGAGGAGGAGGACUACUCCUGCCCCUACUUCCCAGACUACUCCUGCCCCUACUUCCCAGACUACUCCUGCCCCUACUUCCCAGACUACUCCUGCCCCUACUUCCCAGACUACUCCUGCCCCUACUUCCCAGACUACUCCUGCCCCUACUUCCCAGACUACUCCUGCCCCUACUUCCCAGACUACUCCUGCCCCUACUUCCCAGACUACUCCUGCCCCUACUUCCCAGACUACUCCUGCCCCUACUUCCCAGACUACUCCUGCUCCUACUUUCCAGUCUACUCCUAUUUCCUACUUCCCGGUCUACUCCCGCUCCUCACUUUCAGUGAAGAAAUACAUCAGCAGCGAAGGGUCAAGUGA